AUGACAGAUCAAAUAGUAAAGGCAUUCAGUCACAGAAAUUCUGAUGAUGAAGCAGUUAAAGCAGUAAAUUGUUUAGUCACUACUCUAAAGACGCAUGAUGUUUUAGGUAUGAUGGAUGAAUUUGAUAAUACACUGCAGCAUUUACCCAAUUUUGUUCUUUGGAGGUCAUACAUGAAGAUGGUUGAAACAUUGCUAGACUUUAUCCGGGCUAAUCGGGAGGGUAACUGGGCCCUUCACUUAGAUUCAUUUUCAGCAAUGCUUCCAUGGAUGACAAUCUAUGACCAUACAAAUUAUGCUAGGUGGGGUGCUGUUUACUUGUGUGAAAUGAAAAACUUACAAAACACACAUACACUAGUUUAUGAGGAGUUUCUGAAUGGAAACUUUGUAGUUAAGAGGAGUCAACUAAAAUUUAAUCAGAUACCUCUCGACCAAGCUACUGAAUGGCAGAACAAAAUCUGCAAAAUAUCAAAUGGCAUUAUAGGAAUAACUAGGAAUGAUACUGCUAGGGACAAGUUCUGCAUAACAUGGGCAGAACGUUCAUAUAUUUCUCACUCUACUAGAGUGUUAUUUGGUGUAGAUGAUGAUGCAAAUGAUACAAUUUCUACCAGGAAGGACGCACAGCCAGGCAGAGUGAGUGUUGAUGAAAAUGCAGUCAGUGACUUGAAAGAACUCUUUUUAAGAUUUAAUGUAUUUAAGAUAAAUACAUUUGAUCCUCUUGAUGGCUACGUUGCCCUUGAAGAAAUUGCUGAAAAUGUAGAAAAUGAGGGGGAAAGGAUGGAUGUAGAUAUGCAUCAGUUAACUUCUCUGGCAACCAAUGAUGUUGCAACUGGUGAUAUACAACAUGAUAUGUUGACAGCACAGCAACGAGGGCAACAGAUGGUACUAGAGAACAUAGGUAAAUGGCUGUUAAGGAAGGAUAUGCCUUUUUUUGAUCCAACAAAAAAAACAAAUCAAAAACAUUUGCCACAUUGUAUGCUUCCUCUAUUAGCAUACAGAAUGAGAAAAAAGUUAUUAAGGCUGAUAGGAAAUUAUUACAACGUCUUCUAACAGUAUCCCUAGCAGGUCGUAACAUUGAUAUGCAUGAUAUUCUUAAACAUGAGCUUUCUAAUGUUCCUCUUUCUCUAGCAAAGGUAAAUGGCACUCUUAACUCAACAACUAAGUCAGAUUUGGUUAACAUUUUGAUGGAUGGGGAAACAAUCCCUCACACAAUUCCUGCACCAACCAUGCAUCAAAACACUUGUGUUUUAAUAGAUGGUCAUGCUUUAGUUCAAGCUCUUGGAAAACCUCAAACCUGUAGGACCUUUGAUGACUAUGCCAGAGUCUUUUUUCGAGCUGUCACGGCACAUAUUGAUGAACAUGUUAGACGAGUAGAUGUUGUCUUUGACACCUACGUAAAACAAUCAAUUAAAUCAGCCACUCGAGCUAAAAGAGGCAUAAAAAAGAGACCAGUUCGUAAAAUUAUUAACCGUGGUGAUUUAAGUCUUCCUCAGGUGUGGGCAAAUUUUGUAGCAUUAAGUGAUAAUAAAGCAGAUCUUGCUAGGUUCCUUACUGAAUACAUUAUGAGCCAUGGGAUGGAAUUUAGUCACCAGUAUGAGUUGGUAACAAGUGGUGGGUAUGUGGAUUCAACUAAGGCAUGCUCAACACAAAGAGGUGAGGUUCCUAACUUAUUUAACAAUCAUGAGGAAGCAGAUACCCGACUUAUUCUGCAUGUACAUGACGCGAUUGCUAAUAAUUUUAACAGAAUCAUAGUGUUGUGUAGAGAUACCGAUGUUCUUUUGCUAUUAAUUCAUUUUUUUGGAAAAAAUGAAGAAAUUGAAACUUGGAUGGAUGGUUGGUGGCAAUGCAAAGCUAAAAAGUGCUUUCCCGUAAAUAGUAUUACAGAUAAGCUAUCUGAGGGAGUAAUUCAGAAUAUAUUAGGCUUUCACGCAUUCACUGGAUGUGAUACAACUUCUUCGUUUAGUGGUUACGGGAAAAAGAAAUGCUGGAAGGUUUUUGAAGAGCACCCUCACUUGCUCUAUGGCAUUGGAAGGGAUUGCUUUGUUCAGGAUGUAGAAGAAUUUGUUUGCAGGUUGUAUUGUGCACCAGAUCCGCUAGCUGGGGUAAACCAAUGCAGAGUAGAUCUUUUUCAGAGAGGUAACAAAGAGCUUGAGAAAUUGCCACCAACUAAAAAUUCUUUAGGCCUGCAUAUAACAAGAUGCAAUUUUCAGGCAAAUGUCUGGUUACAAGCCACUGUUAAGUUUCAGGAACUCCCUCUACCAGUUGUGACUGGAAAUUGGAAGGCAUCUGAUUCUUUAGACAAUCUGGAAAUUGUCUGGACAACUCUUCCAAGCAUACCAACAUGUUGUCUUUCCCUUAUCUCUUGUGGUUGCAAAACAAAAUGCAAAACUGGAGCAUGUAAAUGCUACAAAAGCCAACAGCAAUGUACACCGAUUUGUAUCUGUAAUGUGAAAGACUGUCACAAUCCAAUUGGGCUACCAGAAAGUUAA